AUGGCGACGUUGAAAGCUCAUGCGCUGUUCCUCCUCGUCGCCGCCACCUCCGCCUUGCUCCUCUCCUCCGCCGUCGAUGCCAUCUGCGUGUCCCGCAAGCCUCAAUCCUUAGAGUCCGCCUCCCUGAAGACGCUCCCCCAAACUCCCGCCUCCUUCAAGAGGCCGCCGUCCGGCCCCCUGGCCUCGCUUUCUGCCUCCUUCAAGAAACCGCUGUCCGAUGCUCUGGCCUCGCUCUCCACCUCCAAGGCCGCGGUGGCGGUUGACCACAUGGUGGCCGACAUCUGCCACCAGACCGACUACCCCGACAUCUGCAUCUCCUCUGUCGGCGCCCACCUGAAGGGGCCGGCCGACGUGCUUUCGUUGCUCACGGCCGAGAUCGAGGCCUGCACGGAGAAGAUGAAGAGCGCUGCCGCUGAGGUCACCAAGCUGGCUGCCGACCCUUCUGCGUCGCCCGCCACCAAGAUGGCCCUCAGCGCCUGUGAUGAGAACUACAGCUCUGCCCUCGACAGCCUGAGCAGCGCGCAGGAAGCGAUCGCUGCACAUGAUGCCGGCACGCUGAACAGCGAGCUCAGCGCCGUGAUCACGUUCGUCACCACUUGCGACGACUCGUUCGCUGAGAUGACCAUGAAUUCACCGCUGGAAGGGACCGGCCGUAUUCUGCAGAAGCUCGGGAGCAAUUGUCUCGCCAUUGCAGCUCGAGCUCAUCUGUGA